CGCCGCCGAGAGGCGACGGCCAGCGGGCGCCGAGCUCCGGCUGCGGGCGGGCUGGUGACGCUGGGGGAGAAGUGAGGGGAGCAGAGAAGCGAGAGGAGAGGGCCAGCGGAAGGCAGGGAAAGGAGCACUGCCUGUCGCUGGCUCCUCGGAGCGGGAGACGAGAUGGGCUCCCAAGGGCCGAGCCCCCACCGCACGAAAAAGAGGGGCGUACGUCUCAUUUUGGGGUCCCAAAGGGCGAGGACCCAAGACGCUGGUCCGCCGCCUGCUAGAGCUUGUUUGGCCCCCGAGGAGAUUAAACAGCUCAGGGCCGGGCUGACCGGGGCCGGGGCUAAAUGGGACGCCGGGGGGUGCUGGGCGGCGCGGAGACCCGUCGAGCCGCAGACCGAGCAGCUGCAAGACCUUUCCGCCUUCACGACCCCCGACGUGAGCGCGCGCUCCUCGGCGACCACCCUGCGCAGCUCCCGCCGUCCACAGCUGGAUCCCAGGAGCAAGUUUGCCGAAGGUCCCAGGAGUUCCCCUCCGUCGUACCUCAGUCUAAUAAAUAAUCUGCUCCAGCCCCAGAAGCUAACAAGUGCGGAGAUGCGCAUCCGACGAAGAAUGGCAAAGGUGCGGGAGCUGGACACGCAGAUUAAAGCAGCCCGAGUCCAGCAGCAGCUGUUACUGGAGGACACCAGGCAGCUGCACGAGGAAGAGCUGCACUUCCAGGCGGAGAACAGGUUCUUUCUGGAGUACCUGACCAAGAAAACGGAAGAGCUGGCGAAGGAGCCUGUAAAGCUGUGGAUGGAGUACAUACAAGAAAGUCGAGAGAUUAAAAGGGGGAGACAGAAGUUAGCCUCCAGAUACGCCAAGAAGUCUUCAGUGCUUAAAGCAGAGCUCAUGCAGAAGAAAAAGAUACAAGCCGAUUUGAAGCAGCAGUUGCAAGAUCUGAGAGACAUUUCGCUGUUAAAGGAGAAACAGGACAUACAAAUCCAGAAAUUACAGGAAGAGAAAAGCAAGAUCGAAGCGCAGAUCGCCGCCGAGAAACACGCCCAGUUCCUCAAGGAAAAGGCCUUGUUGGAGGAGCAGCUGAAUGAGCCAGACGUGAGGCACUUGGGAAGGCAAGAAAGGAGGGAGCUCAGGGAGAAGACGCUGGCCUUGAGGUCGGCAGCAAAGCAGGCUGAUGUGAAGUUCUGCCACAGCAUCCACGCAGAGAACCAGCGGCUACGCAGGGAAUGCUGGCAGCUAAUGCAGCGAUCCCAGAAAUUAGAGGCUACCCAGAGCCAGUUAAGGAGCCAGAAGCAGCAGCUGGAGCACGAACAGUGGCUUGUGCAGAGCAUGCUCCGUGGGAGGAAACGGCUGCAAGAAAGACGCCAGGGAUGCCCGAAAGGACAGGGUGUCCCCCAGGCACCACUGAGGCCUCCCCUGGGCACCGCGUCAAGGAUAAACCCCACGUAGUUCCUCAAAUACAUACCCAGCCAACCUGUUAGGAAAGGCUUUUGAAUUCUAGAUUGCAGUAAAAUACCAUACGUGUUGGUACAAAAGACUAGGUGCAGUCAUGUAAGGUGACCAGCUUCCUCUAAGCAGUAUUUUAAAAAACUACCUUAUGUUGAUAAACACAAUUUUCAGACUUCAGUUAACCUAAUACCUGAUAGCCUAACCUAUUUCACCAUCUGCAAAACACCCCAUACAUCCAGCAAGUUCAGAAACACCCACUUGGGGUGUGUGAUUUCAUCUAGCCAAGUUAAGAUUUCUUUAUAGAGAAAAUACCUGUAAGGACAGCAUUUCACUGAAUAGAGCUUUCUGCUCUAUAAAUAACAGGGAUCAGUUUAUUUGUAUUCCUUUUGGCCAACUCAGCAGACAAAGAUGAAGUGUUUCUAAGUUCUUUUUUAAGUUUAGGCCAGUGGGUGGGUAGCUCCUUUUACAGAUUCCUCACCAGUUGAGAAAGUACUCUGAUAACAGCAAGCCCACUAAGUGCUAGGUUGAAUGACCUUUGAAAUCUGAUGAUGAACCCCUACAAUGUUAGCUUUGAAUACAUUAAGGGGAUAAGAGGAGUUGAGUGGUGACAUUUAUUAAGUCCCCUCUUUUUUGUGAAAUGUUCUUUGAAGAAACACUUUUAGCAUUAAAGAAGUGAUUGAAUGCCUGUUUCAGGAAAACCUAUCAAAAAAGUUUUAAAAUAUUUGGACUUAAGAAUCUUUGCAACCCCUUUCUAUAUCAACAUUCUAAGUUUUAAGAUGAUAAAAUGACUUAGUUAUUUACAGUAAGGACUUUCACUUUAGGUCAUUUCUUACAUGUGCACUCCAUACUAUACCAAACGCCUUUGGCAAUGUGUGCCAUCUAUUUAAUAGGCCAUUUAACAGAAAUAGGAAUAGUUUUUAGUUAGUAUAGACUUUAGGGUAGUUUUUUCUAUUUCAUGACAUAUUGAGGUUUCACCAGUAACAUAUUUGAAUGCUGACUCCUAAGAUGACCCAUAUUUUAACAUUGCUCUUCUACGGGAAAAUACAAUCAAUUUUGUUUUCCAGAAAUUGCUAGUGAUGGAAAAUGUCAAAGUUUCCUAGAUUUUCAUUUCUUAUUUAUAAAUAAAUUCACUUAAAAUUAGACUUAAAAAAGGAUCCUCUGGCAAUGUGCCUUUAAUGAUUUUUGUUA